ACCCAGGACCCGCCCAAUGGUGGCUGUCGGGCAUGGCUCCAGGUGGUUGGGUCUUUCUUUCUGUUCUUCAAUACGGGUCUGAUCAACUCCUAUGGAGUUUUCGAGACGUUCUACGAAGAGACGUUGCUCCAGGGAACUCCUUCAUCGACCAUUUCCUGGAUCGGCUCGCUGCAGUCCUUCUUGAUCAUGUUCCUCGGCGUCUUGACCGGACCCGUUUACGACGCUGGGUUCGUCAUACCCUUGCUGUAUAUUGGCUCGUUUCUCGUCGUCUUCGGCCACAUGAUGCUUAGUCUAUGCCACAGCUUCUGGCAGGUUCUCCUCGCGCAGUCAUUCUGCCUGGGCAUUGGGGCCGGCCUGAUCUUCGUCCCCAGCAUUGCGAUCCCCUCGACCUAUUUUACCACCAAACUGCCCCUGGUCAUUGGCAUCGCCGCCUCCGGGUCGAGCAUCGGCGGCGUGAUCUAUCCGAUUCUGAUCCGCGAGCUGCUUGGCCGACUGGGAUUUGGCUGGACGAUCCGCGUUGCGGGCUUCGUGGCCCUC